GUUGUAUCAUCGUGUCCUUUUCCUCCUCCUACCGGCCACACACCAUUUCCCUCCCAUCUCCUCCUCCUUCCUCACCUCUGCCUCUCUCGUCCCCGUCCUCUCUCUUCUUUCUCCUCUUCGUUUCUCCAUUUGAAGCUUGCAGGCAUUUUGCUUCUAGUCUAGUAGUACCCCCCCAAGCAAGAACUAAUUUUUCAGGUUCUGGUGCCGCAGCAGGUUAAGCCAGCAGCAGCCAUUAGCAGCUAGUUAACCACACGGAUCAUUGCCUCUAGCUAGAGCCCUUUCUUUUUUGAGCUUUGGUGAUCAGCUCGACUCGAGUGUACAUACAUACUCUACCUUCCUGCUAGGACGGUCGAUAGAUAUAGGAGGAGGAGGUCGAAGAAAAUGAUGCGCGGGGGCAGGGAGCAGCAGAGGGUGGCCUUCUCGCCGACGAUGAAGGAGGCGGCGGCGGUGCCCAAGGAGGAGGUGUGGGAGGUCCGGCCGGGGGGCAUGCUGGUGCAGAAGCGGAGCCCCGACGCGGACCCGCCCCCCGGCGGCGCGCCCGUGCCCACCAUCCGCGUCAAGGUCAAGUGCAACGGCGUCUACCACGAGAUCUACAUCAACUCCCAGGCAUCCUUCGGCGAGCUGAAGAAGCUGCUGUCGGAGAAGACAGGCCUGCACCCGGACGACCAGAAGGUGGUGUACAAGGACAAGGAGCGCGACUCCAAGGCCUUCCUCGACAUGGCCGGCGUCAAGGACCGCUCCAAGAUGCUCAUGCUCGAGGACCCCGCCGCCAAGGCCAAGCGCCUCCUCGAGGAGCGCCGGACCAACAAGGCCGAGCGCGCAGCCAAGGCCAUCGCCCGCGUCGCCCUCGACGUCGGCAAGCUCGCCGCCAAGGUGUCUGCGCUGGAGACGAUCGUGAGCAAGGGCGGCAAGGUCGUCGACGCCGACGUGGUGGCGCUGACGGAGGCGCUGAUGAACGAGCUCGUGAAGCUGGACUCCAUCGCCGCCGACGGCGAGGUGAAGGAGCAGCGGCGGGCGCAGGAGAAGCAGGUGCAGAAGCACGUCGAGUCGCUGGACGCCAUCCGCGCCAAGAACAAGACCGCCGCCGCGGCGCCCAAGGCGAGCAACAAGGCGCGGCCGCCGCACCUCCCGCCGCGGCCGCCCCCGGCGGCGGCGGCGCAGCAGCAGCGCCGGCAGUUCCAGCCGCCGGCGCCCACCACGGCGACGGCCCCUGCGCCGCAGACCCAGACGGCGAGCUGGGAGACGUUCGACCUGCUGUCGUCGGUGCCGUCGACGUCGGCGGCCCCCGUGACGACCAUGGCCCCUGCGACCACCACCACGCCGUCCCCGCGGUUCGAGUGGGAGCUCUUCUAGAACGAAGGGCGCCUGGUCCAGUGGUCCCCUCCGGCCACAUGUGUGCCUGUCCAUUGGCUCGGCCGGUACCUUUCUUGUUCACUCACCUUGGCCAUGGUGGUGCGUGUCAGUCGCCAUUGUUUCUUUCUUUCUUUUCUCCUCUUUAUUCUUUCUUUCUUUGUCCUUUCCUUUGAGUGUAUAUUGAUCUCCACAAAAAAGGCAAGAACUGGAGUGAGCUAGUGGCGAAGAAGAAGCACAUCGAAUCCAUGGGUGUUGGUGUCUGUCUGCAAAAUAAGUGGUGGCCUGGCCUUGUGAUCGACGAAGGAUUUUUCCCAUGACCAUAUGUGUAUAGUAAGUAGCUGUGCAGUGUAUAGUGUACAUGAAUCAAAACAAUCUCCCAACACAUACAUUUGUUUGUGCCGUGUGUACUGGUACUGUAUGAUGGAUGGAUGGUUCAUGUUCAUCCAUCUCACAUUGUGCAACCCAACAAUGGCCGCUGCUGGUUCUGGUGUGUUCUUUCA